AACUGAGCAUGCGUACUUCUGCCUGGUUCCUCCCAAGCCGGCGCUCCUUCUGCUCUCGUUGUCCCGCCCCUCGCUGCCUCUACGUGUUGCGUCAUGGCGCGCCUUGCCCCGGGCGACCCCGGAAGUGGGUCGGGGGCUUGGCCUCUGCCGGGCUACAGAGCCGGGACAGAGGCGCUGCCGAAAGACUGGUUUAGCCGAGUGAUCCCGUACGGCGGUGGACCCUGGGCUGGACCUGGGCUAGGGGGUCCAGAAUGCUGAACGUCCCUUCCCAGUCUUUCCCGGCCCCCAGCUCUCAGCAGCGGGUCGCCUCCGGGGGGCGUAGCAAGGUACCUUUAAAACAGGGCAGAAGUCUUAUGGAUUGGAUUCGGCUGACCAAAAGUGGAAAGGACCUUACAGGAUUGAAAGGAAGGUUAAUUGAAGUAACUAAAGAAGAACUUAAAAAACACAAUAAAAAAGAUGAUUGUUGGAUAGGCAUAAGAGGGUUUGUUUAUAAUGUCAGUCCAUAUAUGGAAUAUCAUCCUGGUGGAGAAGAUGAACUAAUGAGAGCUGCAGGAUCAGAUGGUACUGACCUUUUUGAUCAGGUUCAUCGUUGGGUCAAUUAUGAAUCCAUGCUGAAAGAGUGCCUGGUUGGCAGAAUGGCAGUUAAACCUGCUGUUCCUAAAGACUAUCGUGAGGAAAAGAAAGUCUUAAAUGGCCUGCUUCCCCAAAGCCAAGUGACAGAGACACCUGCCAGAGAAAGUCCUAGUUCUCCAAGCUAUGACUGGUUCCAAACAGACUCUUCUGUCACCAUUGUCAUAUAUACUAAACAGAAGGAUAUUAAUUUAGACUCAGUAAUAAUUGAUCAUCAGGAUGAUUCCUUUAGAGCAGAAAUAAUUAUCAAAGAUUAUUCAUAUCUCAUACAUAUUGGGCUAAGCCAUGAGAUUCAGGAAGAUUUUUCUGUGCAGGUUGUUGAGAAUGUGGGAAAAAUAGAGGUUGUCCUGAAGAAAAAAGGAAAUAUUUCUUGGAAAUAUCUUGGUCACCCUUUGGAGAAUCAUAAUUCAUUUAUUCCAAAGAAAGAUUCAGCUUUGUACUACAGAAAGUGCCAGUUGAUUUCUAAGGAAGCUGUUACUCAUGAUACAGUGCUCUUCUGCGUGAUGCUGCCACCAGGUGUUCAUCUUCAGGUGCCAAUUGGGCAACAUGUUUACCUCAAGCUAGCUAUUACAGGUACAGAAAUAGUGAAGCCAUAUACACCUGUGUCUGAUUCCCUACUCUCAGAUUUCCAGGAACCACUUCUUCCCAACAAUAAAUACAUGUACUUUUUGAUCAAAAUCUAUCCUGCUGGUUUAUUCACACCAGAGCUUGAUCAUCUUCAGAUUGGAGAUUUUGUUUCUGUAAGCAGUCCUGAGGGCAAUUUUAGAAAAUCCCAGUUACAAGAAUUGGAAGAUCUCUUUUUAUUGGCAGCUGGAACAGGCUUCACACCAAUGGUUAAAAUUUUGAAUUAUGCUUUGACUAAUAUACCCAGUCUCAGGAAAGUGAAGCUGAUGUUCUUCAAUAAAACAGAAGAUGAUAUAAUCUGGAGAAGCCAGUUGGAGAAAUUGGCAUCUAACGAUAAAAGAUUUGAUGUUGAAUUUGUUCUCUCAGCACCUACUUCAGAAUGGAAUGGCAAACAGGGAUACAUUUCUUCAGCUCUUCUUUCUGAAUUUUUGAAAAGAAGUUUAGAUGAAUCCAAAGUCCUCAUCUGCAUUUGUGGACCAAUGCCAUUUACAGAACAAGGAAUAAGGUUGCUGCAUGAUCUUAACUUUUCCAAAGAUGAGAUUCACAGUUUUAUGGCAUAAUGAAAAGCUGUCAUUGUCCUUUAUUCAACUGAUUUAUCUAAAUUUGUGAUUGCUUAGGCUUUCUUAAGAAAACAUUUUUGUAUAUACAAAAAGGCUAACCAGAAUCCAGGCUUCCACUUCUUAAAUGAAAUCAAAUGUUCCUUCACUACAGAUGACUUAUGCUUUAUUUUGUACCAUAACUUAUUUUACUACUUCUACUACUGAUAUUUGACCGAGAAAGUCAAUCAUGGCAGCAAAUACAUAUGGGAGUCUUUGUUAUGAAUCACAAAUUCCCUUACCAUUUAAAUUGUCUAUAUCACUGUUCUACAAUAAGUACUUAUGUUUUUUGACAUGUUAAAGUGUAACGUGAUCACUCUGAACAUGUUUUUAUACUGUAAAAUGUCUUCUUAGCAAUACAGAUUGAAUUUUACAUUGCACUGUUAACUCAGGAAAUGAUCACUUACAUCCUUGUUAUUAAUAUUCAAAUGUGGAAUGUUAUGACUUACUAAGUGAUCCAAACAUUUUUUGUGUAUGCGUAUGGCAUUAAUAUAGAAUAAAAUGAUACUUAAGUA